CAGUUCGCCAAGCAGUUCAAGCAGCGCCGCAUCAAGCUGGGCUUCACCCAGGCCGACGUGGGGCUGGCGCUGGGGACCCUCUACGGCAACGUCUUCUCGCAGACCACCAUCUGCCGCUUCGAGGCCCUGCAGCUCAGCUUCAAGAACAUGUGCAAGCUGAAGCCGCUGCUGAACAAGUGGCUGGAGGAGGCCGACUCCUCCACGGGCAGCCCCACGAGCAUCGACAAGAUCGCGGCGCAGGGGAGGAAGAGGAAGAAGCGGACCUCCAUCGAGGUGAGUGUCAAGGGCGUGCUGGAGACGCACUUCCUCAAGUGCCCCAAGCCGGCCGCCCAGGAGAUCUCGUCGCUGGCGGACAGCCUGCAGCUGGAGAAGGAGGUGGUGCGGGUCUGGUUCUGCAACCGGCGGCAGAAGGAGAAGCGCAUGACCCCUCCGGGGGAGCAGCCGCAGCACGACGUGUAUGCCCACGGCGUGAAAACGGACACGGGCUGCCACGACCUCUGACCGCGGUCCGGCCGCGGGACUGCCCUCGGGGCUUUAACUUAUGCUUUCGGGAGUCGCGGCGCGGGGUCCCCGCCCGCCGCCGCCUCGGCAAUAUUUUUAUUCCUCUCUCCGACCUUCCCGCUGGUCACACACGGUGUUUACUCGCAGACAAGGUUUGUUUUUCGGGCUCCGCUUGGACGAAGGAGGGAAAAAAAAAA